UCAUCAGCGGUACCAGGCGGGCUAUAUGACGGAUUUUAUACUUAAUUUCUUGUAGUUAGUUUGUAGGUUACAAUUACACUUCCUAACGACUUUACACUUCAGAGACAAUGUUUAAAGAAGUGUUAUCAGUCAUUUAUUAUCUAUUAAAUGACGUGUAGCAAGUCAUUUCCGUUCUGUUGUAACAGGCAGCUUUUUUUUUUUUUAGCUUAGCAGGCUAACUUCCCAUUGACAUCACGGCUGUUUAGUGUUAGCAAGCAGGAGCUCCAACUGUAGCAGCAACAUCAAGUGACAAGCAUGAACUGCCCUCCCACUAAACGCCUCCGAGGCCUCAACCAAGAUGUAGUGACAGCAGUGGCCUUCGAUGACCCUUUUGGAGAUGAUGAAGAAUUCACCCAGGAUGACUUGGAUGAAAUAGACAUCAUUGCCUCACAGGCCAUCACCUCAGCAGCAGGAGGGGCAGGGGUAGGGUCUAAACCAGGAGCCAAGCUGAGUGAAACAGUCCCUGGGUCCAGCUGGCCAUCAUCCACAGGGCAGAGCAAACCUCUGUACAGAGCUACAGCCGAUCAGAGCAGAGAGAACACAGUUGGGUUUAACAGAGGAAAUGCUCUGAAAUCUAGCAGGGACCCUCAUGGUAACAUGCAACAGCAGUUUGGAUCAGACAGAGGAGAAUCUUACAGAUUCCUUGAGGUCCAGCAUGCAGAGCUGAAGAGGAAGCUGAAGGAGGUGGAAGAAGAAAUUUUGUUGAAGAGCGGGGAGAUCCGGGUCCUGAGGGACUCUCUGAAAACAGCUCAACAAGAGAAAGAAGCUCAGAGACAGAACCAGAUCCUGCUGGAGACUCAGAAGCAGAAAGAACAGAGUGACAGGGAGAAGGAGCUGAACAGAAAGGUUCAGUCUCUGCAGUCUGAGCUGCAGUUUAAAGAAGCAGAAAUCCAUGAGAUGAAAACCAAACUUCACAGUUCAGACAAAAACAAGACAGCUUCUCCACUACCAAAACACAGUCCUAAAGUACUCAGUACUCUUGCCCAGAUGCAUCAUGGGAGCAGCAGCAGCUCCUCCUCUCCAAUAAGAAACGAUUUCAUUACCAAAGAGGUAUUUGGGGCUCAGAUAUCAUCCAGAAUGACUCCGGUGAAAACACUUGUGAAGACUCUCAAAGAUGCAGACAGAGUGUCCAGCAGCAAAUACGAAGCAGCUCGUCCAGACCCUUUCUUGUCUGUCAGACCUGCUCAUUUCCCUCACAAAGGCAGUGUCCUGCUUGGGUUGUUGUUGCAGCAACCUCUGUUUCCUAGUAGCCUUGGAAUAUCUCAUCUGCUGUCAAUGAAUCUGACUGACUCCAGUCAGUUGUCAGCAGGCUUUCAGCUCCACUCUGAUCCACUCACUGCAGCCACUGUAAAUGAAGCUGGAGCCCCCAGAGCUGCCUUGAGUGCAGUCCAGACUCUGGCUGUGACUGGACUCAACAUGCUGAGUCAGAGUCAACCAGCAGCUGCAGCCAGCAGCAGCAAAAACAGGUCAUGUCCUGGAGCCGUCCUCCUCCUCCCUCUGUUGGAUCGUCUCCUGUCUCAACUAUGCUGGGCCCUGGACUCCCUCCGCUCCUCCACAGGCAGUAGUGGCUCAGACUCGACAAGUACGAGCUCAGUCCCAGCAGGCCGAUCUGUUUCUGCAUCUCCUGGGCUGGGAAAACUUGAGGAGUCUAGUUUGUCUGGUUUUAGCAUGGAAGACGUUGGUUUGGCUGCUCUGAGGCUUCUCAAUCUCUUGAUGGUCUACAGUGAUGAGGUGGUGGAGGCUGUGCUGUUAAAGGAGAAUCACAGCACAGACAAGAAGAAUGACCGCCCCGCUAUGUGUCUGGAUGUCUCCUCCCAGAAUACCUUGCUGCAAUCAAUGCUACGGUUGUGUGACGUACGGCUUGUUGGUAGCGGCUCCCAGAGGGAGGAACUUGUCCUCAACACUAUGAAGACACUUUGUGUCCUAAUAGAAAGGAUGCCACACAUGCAUUCUGAGAGGUUGCAGUGUGUGUUGCAGGUGGUGUGUACAUGUUUGUCAGCAGACAGUAGGCUGCAGACAGUCUCAGAGUGUGUGUGUGUCCUCAUGUCGAUGACUGACCAUGAGACCCUGGCCAAGCAGCUCUGCUCUCAGCAUGACCCCUGUGUUUUUCUGAAGUUAUUCCAGUUGAUAAGAACAAGACCAGACAACAAAGCAACGCAUACAGACUGGAUUUUACUGAACCUUCAGGUGGUUCGUUUGUUGAGCAGACUGACUCAGAGGACAGAGAGCUGGACGACCAACGUACAGACUACAUGUCAGUGUUACACUGAGCUGGUUCAAACAGUUGUGAUCAUUUUCCAUCGUCAGUGGUUGGAUCUUAGUGGUUCUCGGGAGCCAACUGACUCAACAGGUCCAUCCCUGCAGCUGUGCUCAACCUCCUGCUCACCGUGGUGGUGCAGCCCGGCGGCGUCUCUACUCAGAGAGUGUCUGCUGCUGCUCCACUGGAUGCUGCUGCAUCAUAGCAGCUUCUCUGAGAGCUGCGGGCUAUUGCUGCACAUGUAUGACCAGAUGAUCCCUGCUGUACGAGACACACUGAGAAAGAUUCCUGAGCUGAGUGAGAGUGAAGAGCUGGCCUUGGAGGAGAUCUGCCGCUCUGAGGGGGAUGACGUUGACGACAUGGACACUGACACUGGCUCCUGACUGGCUGCUACCACUGCCUCCACAGCAAACAUGAGUUACAGUUAACAAACUGCUGAUAUCUGAUAUAUUUGAUAUAUCAUACUGCAAUAAGGACAAAACAGAGAUUCACUUUCUGCCAAAUCUUUUUUUAAAGUGUGAUUCAGAGAUCUGACAGAAGCAAUGGACACGACACAGGAAUCAUUUUGCUUUCCGAUGAGAUUUAAAAAUAAAACAUGACAGUGAGACAGUCAGUGUUCAAGAUCACAUGUUUACUUUUCCCUGUUCUUCCUGUCAGGGAUGCAGUUACUGUUGGAUACUCCAACAAGUGAUAAUCCCACAAUAAUCAACACCUGUACCGAUACUUGGAACAUUAAAACUGCUUUUUAACUCA